AUGUGUUGUUCGACAGGGGUAUUCUGUUGUAAAUGUCGUUACAUUAUCGCUACAAUGGGAUUCAUCAAUCUAAUUCUGAUUUACAUGAUGAGAGUUGAUUUAAACGUUACAAUACUUGCCAUGGUCAAUGAUACGGUUGACAAGACAUCCACAAAUCAUUCGUCAUUUUAUUGUUCUAAUUUUUCUAAUCACACGUAUCUUGAGAAAACUGAGACUAACACGGGGGAGUUUAAUUGGGAUAGGCUGACCCAAGGUUUGAUAUUGGGAGCAUUUUUCUGGGGCUAUAUUUUAACUCAAAUCCCAGGUGGAAUAUUAGCGUUUCGUUUUGGUCCUAAAUGGGUUAUUUUUUCUAGUUUAUUUGGAUGUGCUAUCACGGAAUUUUGUGUACCAACUGCAGCACGUAUUCGUGCUGAAUUAUUAAUCACUUUACGUGUGAUACAAGGUCUUCUUCAGGGUGUAGUGAUGCCGAAUACAGGGUGUUUAGUUGGAAAUUGGUCGCCACCAAGUGAAAAAAGUCGAUUUACCACAUUCGUUUUCUCAGGUUUAGUAUUUGGUGCUGUUAUUGGUCAAUCAUUGGCUGGUGUAAUUUCACAACCAAGAUUAAUUCAUUCGACAAAUUUAACAACUCCAAUGUAUAUUUCCUAUUGGCCUUAUGUUCAUUAUAUUUACGGUGUAACCGCUGUAGUAUUCUCUGGAAUUUGGGCUAUUUUAGUAUUUAAUAAUCCUAAUCAACAUCCAUGGAUAAGUUCAACUGAGAAACAAUAUCUUUUGUCAGCAUCAAUAAAUAAUUAUUCUGAAAAUGAUAAAAAGUCAGGAAAAAUGACAAGUAGUGUCGUGAAUUCAACAGAUUCAAGAAGUUUAGAUAAUAUUUCAGUUGAAACGAGAGUUUUACACAAAAAACCAGUUCCAUGGCGUCAAAUAUUUAAGUCAGCUCCAGUUUGGUCAAUUAUAAUUUGUCAUGUUUGUUUCAAUUGGUCUUUCUAUUCAUUAAUUACAUCUAUGCCUACUUAUAUGUGUCGUGUCCUAGGAUUCAGUAUGACCGAAAAUGGUCUCUUAUCAUCUAUUCCGUAUAUUGCACAAUCGAUUGUCGGUUUAUUUGCCGCCUAUCUGUCAGAUUUUGUAAUCGCUAAACGAUUUUUAUCUACCACUUCGGUACGUAAAUUAAAUAAUGUUAUAGCCUUGGGUGGCCUUGGUUUAAGUCUAAUAUGUGUCAGUUUAGUUGGAUGUAAUCGGAUGGCCGCUAUUGUUUUAUUCUCUGUUGCAAUUGGCUUAAUGGGGUUUUCUUUGGCUGGUUAUGGAUCGAAUGCUUUGGAUUUGGCCCCAAUUUACAAUGGCAAUAUAAUUUCAGUAACCAAUACUGCUGCUACUCUGCCAGGUAUCUUUGGUCCACUAUUAAUCGGUUAUAUAACAAGAAAUAGUUCAAGCAUUCAAAAUUGGAUGAUUGUUUUCGGUAUAGCUGCAGGAAUAGCAUGGUUUGGUGCAUUAAUGAAUUUAUGGUUGACAAGCGGUGAAAUUCAACCAUGGGGUCGAUUAACUUACAUGAAAAAUACUAAUACUACUAAUUCAGUGACUACUGAUAAUGGUGCACCAAAAUUUCAAAAUAUUAUUACCAAUCAAAAUGAUAAUCAAUAAUAUCAACCCAUUCCAUACUAAAUAUUAUCCAUUAAAAACAUUCUCAACCAUAUUGUUUCUCUUCAAACUAUAUUCAAUUCUAAUUAUAUUUUGAAUGAUUAAUGUGAAAGAAUGAAAGAAUGAUUCUUGAAAGAAGAUGAUGAUGAUGAAGAACAAGAACAAGAAGAACAAAUAUGAUCACGAUUAGUCUUCCUGUUUCCUCUUUUAUCUUUUCAAAACUAUCCUCAAUUUUGUGGAAGAUUUAAUUAUUUGAAAUUUGGAGAGCCU